AAUACAAAACCACAACGGAAUUCUAUAGAAAACUUCAGAUUCAUAUUUUAUUGAAGUUUCAACUUUCUUUGAGACAUCAUAUAUACUGUGUUGCUGAAAAUAUAAAUUAAAUUUGUAGUGUACAUUUUAUUUUUGGAACAAUGAAAAAGUGUAGAUUAAAUUAGUUUUCAUUUGACGAGAAACCAAUGUGUGCAUAAUAUGAAAAACUCUAUUUCAAAAACAAAAAUUUGUGCCAUUCUCGAAAAAAAUGCAAUUUUAUAAUUUAGUUUUGACAGUUUUGCUUUUACUCAAGAUAUUUCAUGUUGCAAAACUACAGCAAUAUUUUGAUAUUCCUCAAAGUCCGUGUGUACAGUACUUCAACUAUAAAUCAUUCGAUGGAAGUAAUUGGAUUGGUGAGCUUGAAUUGCCUAGCCCCCCUAUUCAACAUCAUGAAGUUAUUUUACACAUAACGUUAUCACUCAGAGCAGCGACAACGCCCGAUAAUGUUGGCACCAUCACUAUAACUGGAACACCUCAAGAGACAACAAAAAAAAUUAUCAAUCGUGAACCAUUGACGUUUCAUGUUACUUUUCCCUUUAGGAACCCACUACCAAAACUAACUAGAAUUGUGUACGAUGGAAAUUUAUUAUGCACUGGACCUGAAGAGCAACCAAAUUCUCAGACAGUUAUAAGUCGUAUCGAUUUAAAACAUGUCAUGAAUACGUAUACAAACUUCCAACCGAACAAUGCAAACAAUAUUUAUAGUUUUGACCGAAAUACAAAUCAACCGGGUUUUACAUCAAAUUUCGGGAGUCAUUAUUCGCCGACAAAUUCCUAUACACCAAUGUCAUCGUCUGGAUUUCCAAAUCAAGGAAUGAUGCCAUCAGUUAUGAUACCUCCAUUCAUUGUGACACAGCCACCACCAACAAUAAAAACGACAACAGUAAAAGUACCAGAGCCAAAACCAUCUGUUUCAAACACUAAUUUAGACGAUAUUUGUGGAACAAGGCACUCAGAAACGGAAAUUACACCACUUGUCUUUGGCGGAGAGGAUACACAGAGAGGAGACUGGCCCUGGAUGGUGGCAAUAUAUUUGAACAAAGCAACGGGUCUGUCAUUUAACUGUGGAGGGACCCUUAUUUCGGCAAAAACUGUUAUUUCUGCAGCACAUUGCAUUAAUACAUCGACAAAAAAUUAUCGUGCACAUGAGGUGGUUUUAUAUCUGGGACGAUAUAGCUUGAUAGAUUGGAGUGAAGUUGGAUCAAUAGCAACAAAUGUUGAACAAAUAAUAAUACACACCGACUACAAACGACAGAAAGAAUCAUUUGAUGCCGACAUCGCAAUUUUAGUAAUGACCAAACGUGUCGAAUUCAAUGAAUUUGUUAGACCUGCUUGUCUGUGGCCCGGAACAUCAACCAUUCAAGAGAUUGAAGGAAAAAGCGGUACUGUAGUCGGUUGGGGGAAAGAUGGAACUGAUCGUGUUGUUUCAAAUAUUCCAAAAAAGGUUGAUUUACCUAUAGUUAAUUCAAUUACUUGUGUUCAAACAAGCGAAUCUCUCUCAAAAGCUGUUUCGAAUCGCACAUUUUGUGCGGGAACUCUUAACGGAGAUGGUCCAUGUCAUGGAGAUUCAGGCGGUGGAUUGACUCUUUACCAUAAUGAUCGAUGGACUUUAAGAGGUAUUGUUUCGGCAGGUUUAUCGGACGCAAAUACAGGUGCUUGCAAAUUACAAGACUAUGUGGUUUUCACUGAUGUAUCGCAAUUUACGAUUUGGAUAAAAAGUAACAGUCUUUUUUAGUUUAAACUAAUAAACUGAUAUUGGAAUAGUUAA